AUGGCGUCCGCUAUUAUCUCGAAGAAGAGGAAGUUUGUUGCCGACGGUGUCUUCACGGCUGAGCUGAACGAGUUCUUCACUCGCGAGCUCGCUGCUGAGGGCUAUUCCGGUUGCCUUGUGCGUGUGAACCACGUUCGCACAGAGAUCAUCAUCCGUGCUACGCACACGCAGGAGGUGCUGGGUGACAAGGGUCGUCGCCUGCGUGAGCUGACGACGCUUGUGCGCCAGCGUUUCCGCUUCCCAGAAGGCUCGCUUGAGCUGUACGCCGAAAAGGUCGCGAACCGUGGUCUUCAUGCCGUUGCACAGUGUGAGUCACUGCGCAACAAGCUGCUCGGUGGCCUGCCAGUGCGCCGUGCUGCUUACGGUGUGCUUCGUUACGUGAUGGAGUCUGGUGCCAAGGGUUGUGAAGUGGUCAUUUCCGGCAAGGUGCGCGGUGCGCGUGCUAAGAGCAUGAAGUUCAACGACGGCUUCAUGAUUCACACCGGUCAGCCAGCCAAGGACUUUGUUGACGUUGCCAUCCGUCACGUUCUCAUGAAACAAGGUGUGCUUGGUCUCAAGGUCAAGAUUAUGCACGGCUGGGAUCCAGAGGGCCGCUCAGGCCGUCCGUUCCCACUUCCUGAUGCCGUCACCAUCCUUGAGCCCAAGGAGGACGAGCCUAUCACAGCUCCCAUGUCCGAGUCGCGUAACCAGCCCGUGGCUUCGGCAGAGACGGCACCUGCCCCAGCGUCUGCUAUGCCAGGAGCGCAGGAGACACCAGCCUACACACAGGCUGCUCCUCACGCCGCUGCAUUCUAA